CAUGGCGCGGAGCGAGGCGGCGGCGGCGGGGCCGGGCCCGGGGCCCCCCCUCCCGGGCUGGGUACUGGCCCAGGCCCUGACUCCCUGAAGAGAGAUGAGCACAUUGAGGCACAGAGAGUGAAGUCACUCAACUAAAGUGCCGCCCCAGGGAACUGAAGGAUGAAGAAACCGAGAUUCAGAGAGGUUCAAACACUUGCCCGAGGUCACACAGCUAGACUUACCUCCCACUCCUCUUGCCUCCCCGGUGCACCAUGGCUCCAGGCCCCUUCUUCUCGGCGCUCCUCUCGCCGACGCCUGCUGCCCUGCCCUUCCUGCUGCUACUCUGGGCUGGGGCAUCUCGUGGCCAGCCCUGCCCCGGCCGCUGCAUCUGCCAGAACGUGGCGCCCACACUGACCAUGCUGUGCGCCAAGACUGGCUUGCUCUUUGUGCCACCGGCUAUCGACCGGCGAGUGGUAGAGCUGCGGCUCACUGACAAUUUCAUCGCAGCUGUGCGCCGCCGAGAUUUCGCCAACAUGACCAGCCUGGUGCACCUGACCCUGUCCCGUAAUACCAUCGGCCAGGUGGCAGCUGGCGCCUUUGCCGACCUCCGCGCCCUCCGUGCUCUGCACCUCGACAGCAACCGUCUGGCCGAGGUGCGCGGUGACCAGCUCCGUGGCUUGGGCAACCUCCGCCACUUGAUCCUUGGCAACAACCAGAUCCGCCGGGUGGAGUCGGCUGCCUUUGAUGCCUUCCUGUCUACCGUGGAAGACCUGGAUCUGUCCUACAACAACCUCGAGGCCCUGCCAUGGGAGGCCGUAGGCCAGAUGGUGAACCUGAACACCCUCACGUUGGACCACAAUCUCAUUGAUCACAUCGCCGAAGGUACCUUCGUGCAGCUUCACAAACUGGUUCGCCUGGACAUGACUUCCAACCGCCUCCAUAAACUGCCCCCUGAUGGGCUCUUCCUGAGGUCCCAAGGCACCGGGCCGAAGCCACCCACACCUCUCACCGUCAGCUUCGGCGGCAACCCUCUGCACUGCAAUUGCGAGCUGCUCUGGCUGCGGCGGCUGACCCGAGAGGAUGACCUGGAGACAUGCGCUACCCCCGAGCACCUCACCGACCGCUACUUCUGGUCCAUCCCGGAGGAGGAGUUCCUGUGUGAACCCCCUCUGAUCACACGGCAGGCGGGGGGCCGGGCCCUGGUGGUGGAGGGCCAGGCAGUCAGCCUGCGGUGCCGCGCUGUGGGUGACCCUGAACCCGUAGUGCACUGGGUGGCGCCUGAUGGGCGGUUGCUGGGGAACUCCAGUCGGACUCGGGUCCGGGGGGAUGGGACACUGGAUGUAACCAUCACCACCUUGCGGGACAGUGGCACCUUUACUUGCAUCGCCUCCAACGCUGCCGGCGAAGCCACAGCACCUGUGGAGGUGUGCGUGGUACCUCUGCCUCUGAUGGCACCCCCACCAGCUGCCCCACCACCUCUCACCGAGCCUGGCUCCUCUGACAUUGCAACGCCUGGCCGACCCGGUGCCAAUGAAUCAACUGCUGAGCGCCGGCUGGUAGCAGCCGAACUCACCUCAAACUCCGUGCUCAUCCGCUGGCCAGCCCAGAGGCCUGUACCCGGCAUCCGCAUGUACCAGGUUCAGUACAACAGCUCUGCCGAUGAUUCUCUGGUGUACAGGAUGAUCCCAUCUACCAGCCAAACAUUCCUGGUGAACGAUCUGGCGGCCGGCCGCGCCUACGACCUGUGCGUGCUGGCUGUCUACGAUGACGGGGCUACAGCGCUGCCGGCCACGCGAGUGGUGGGCUGUGUGCAGUUUACCACGGCUGGGGAUCCGGCGCCCUGCCGCCCGCUGAGGGCCCAUUUCUUGGGUGGCACCAUGAUCAUCGCCAUUGGGGGCGUCAUCGUUGCCUCGGUCCUCGUCUUCAUCGUUCUGCUCAUGAUCCGCUACAAGGUCUAUGGCGAUGGAGAUGGCCGCCGCGUCAAGGGGACCUCCAGGUCGCCCCCGCGGGUCAGCCACGUGUGCUCGCAGACCAACGGUGCAGGCGCGGCACAGGUCCCGCCUCUGCCGGCGCAGGACCGGUACGAGGCCCUGCGCGAGGUGGCGUCCGCAGCUGGUGCCGCCGAGGCUGCCGAGGGGAAGGCCGCUGCGCCUGAGACGGCUCCCGCGGACUUGGAGGCGGUCCUUGGACGCUCCUUGAGCGGCUCGGCCACCUCGCUGUGCUUGCUGCCAUCCGAGGAAACCUUCGGGGAGGAACCUCGGGCCGCGGCGGGCCCUCGGAGAAGCCGUUCCGGGGCGCUGGGACCCCCAGCUUCGGCGCCCCCGACUCUAGCUCUAGUUCCUGGCGGGGCCCCGGCCCGGCCGAGGCCGCGGCAACGCUAUUCGUUCGACGGAGACUACGGGGCGCUCUUCCAGAGCCACAGUUACCCGCGCCGCGCCCGGCGGACAAAGCGCCACCGCUCCACGCCGCACUUGGACGGGGCUGGAGGGGGCGCGGCCGGGGAAGACGGAGACCUGGGGCUGGGCUCCGCCAGGGCGCGCUUGGCUUUUACGAGCACCGAGUGGAUGCUGGAGAGUACCGUGUGAGCGGCGGGCCGGCGCUGGGACGCCUGGGUGUCGCGGGCAAACGCCCAGCUGACCAGUCGCUGGCCUCCCAGACGCUGGGGCAGGACUCGGGGGAGAAAGCGCAACGCCAAUACGUCGGACUGGAGGGGAGACGUGUCCUUUUCCUCCCCGGAGGGGACCGGGCUGCCUGGACUAUGGCUCUAGGUCACGUCCCCACGCCCAGGGGGCUGGAGGGGUGGUCCACUGGGCUACCCUACCCCACGGACUCCUUGUUCCCUCCACUCUCCUGCCCCUCCCCUCGCGCGCUCGCGGACCUCGCUGGAGCCGGUGCCUUACACAGCGAAGCGCGGGGAGGGGCAGGGUCCCCGGACACUGCAGCACUGAGACACGAGCCCCCAACCCCACCCGGCACCCGGGGCAGGGGCGAGGGGCCCAUUUCUUGUAUCUGGCUGGACUAGAUCCUAUUCUAUCCCGCGGCGGCCUCCAAAGCCCCCACCCCAUCCCAUUCACCUCCCUGGUCCUGUUGGGUCUGACUUGGGGUCCCCCUUUCUCCGUUCCCUUCGUUUGUCUCUGACCCCCACUCUGUCGUCUCUGUCUUUCGUCUCUAUCUUCCCUAUUUGUCUCUCCUUUGUCUCUUCUGCCUCUAACCUCCCACGUUUUUGUCCAGUUUCCCUGUCUCUCCUAAUUACCUCUUCCAACUACGCAUUCUCCUGGGCAGGUCCCACUGGAAGGACCAGACUCUCCACUAUUCCUUAACCUUUCCCCAAAUAAAAUCCCCACAUAAACAAAAUCCAAAACCAAAUCCCCCUCCCUACUGGAGCCGGGACCCUCCACCGCAGCAGAAUUAAACUUUUUUCUGUGUCUGAGGCCGCUCUGCUGACCUCUGUGUGUGUCUGUGUGUCUUGGUGGUAGUAGUGGAGGGGGCAACCUAGAUUGUGAUACUCCUAGAUUACAGUUUAAGGACUCUUCAGUGAGACUGAAGGGGGAGGAUCGUUAGUUGAGACCAGGGAGACUUGUAGACUAUUUCCUCACUUCUGAAAGACUUAGAAGUGGGGAGUAAUAAUACAGUAAUAGCUAACAUUUAGUGAGUGCUUGCUUACCAUGUGCCAAGCAUCUAAGUGAUUUAAUCCUCACACCAACCCUGAGACAUCUGUACAGUUACCCUGUUUUACAGAUGAGGAAAUUGAGGCCCAGAAAACUUGCCCAAGGUCCCAUAACCAGAAGAUGGCAAAAUUGGGAUUUAGAAAGGCAAGCAGCCUGACUUGAGUCUGUACUGUUAACCACAGAACUCCACUGCUGAGCAGUUUAGUGUUCAUUCCCCAUAUGAAUGGUGCUAAACAGUUCAUCUCUCUGAUGUCGGACAGCUGUUUGAGCUCUAUACCUUUGGUCCCAUUUUACAGACAGGAAUCUGAACCAGGGCAACGUGAAGUUAGUUGCCCAAGAAUCCACAGAGAAGAAGUCAGGGAGCUGGCUUUUUGAUCUUGGCGUCUGUUCCUUGCUACUACACUAGGCUGCUCAUGAGGCCUGUGCUAGAGACUGCAGAAUGGCUGCAGUGACCUUCGCUGAGGUACCCAAAGCCAGCCUGGUGAGAGAGGAAACAGAGCUCGUUGGUUAUUCUGGAAUCUGAGGGACCCUAGGUGUUGGGGGGCGUCUUCUAGGGGCACAGAGGAUGGUGUGGCAAGGGGAGUUUCUCAGGUGAAGCUAAGAGCUGUAGCUGGGGAAGGGAAGUUGGUUGGGCAGGAUGCCCCCAGCCCUUGCUGGAGGGCCCUGCAAUGAAUAGUCCUUCCUGAUUCAGGGGAAGAAGGAAGGAGGCUUCAUGCCAGCCAGGGGCCCCCUGAGGCCUGGGGAGGAGAAGGGAAAGACAGAAAUAGAAACAGAGCAGGAGGAAGGGGGAUGGAUCUGGGCAGACAAGGUGGGAGGCAGCAAGGACAGAGGCACUAGGGAACCGCAGGCCAGGAGGCUCGCUCACCUAGUGGCCCAACCACACUUAGCCGUCUCAACCAUCACCACUCCUGGGUACUGAGGACAUCCCACAAGCCAGGCACUGUGCUCACAAUGUUCCCUGAUGCAUGAAGAUUGAGCAUGUAAACCAACACUCAGCUAAAUGGAGUUACUUGGUUAGUAAGCAUGAUAGCACUUACCUUCUGCAUCAGACGUGUAGCAUGUGCACCCACUUUUCUAGUUGAGGAAACUGGAGUUCCGAGAGGUUAAGGGGCUUGCCCAAAAUCAUACAGCCAGUAAAUGGCAGAGCCAUGAUUGGAAAGUUUACUGCCUCCAAAUCCUGCACAAGUAACCUUCUGACUAUAUUGUCUCUGUUUCACCUGAUAAAGCUUUGUUGAGCAUGUACUAUGUACCUGGUCCUGUGCAGGGGAUAUGGCAACGAACGAAAUUGACAAAUAAAUUAAAUAAAACAAGAACCCCCUGCCCCAUGGAGCUUAUAUUCCAGAGGGGGAAGACAGUAAAUAAGCAAGUAAAUAAUGAGUGUCUCGUGGUAAAUAAGUACCCUGUAAAGAGUGAUAACAGUGUGAUGGGACAGGGAAUGACUGGAAGCCUGCUUUAGAUUGAGGGUCAAAGAGAGUGAUGUUGGAGCUGAAGAAAUCCACUAUAGGAAGAGCCAGGGAAAAACAUUCCAGGCAAACUGAAUAGCAUGUGCAAAGGCCCUGAAGAGUAUACUUGCUGUGUUGGAGGUAGUGUGUUUGGACUGGAGUGAGCAGAAGAAGGGUUGGGAGAGGCACGCAGAUUCUGCAGAACCUUAUGGGCUGUGGUCAAGAGUCAAGAUUUUAUUCUUGGAGCUGUAGGAAGCCAAUGGAGGAUUUUCAGCAAAAGAGGUAUAUGGGCUGAUUUCAGUGGAGACCCCAGCUUUGUGCAUCCCUUCAAGACAAAAUCAGGAAGUGGUAUCUUAGAACUUGGCAUCCUCUCUUCAACAUAUUUGGGGUCCACAUGGUCCGUGGUUCAGCCCUUUGGAUGAUACCUUACCUGCCUUCAUUCCCCAGUAACCCCUUCAUUUAUUAGAGAAUCAUUAAUGCCAAUGACAUGCUUGUGUUUUCAAAAUUGAAAGCUUUAAACCCAAGGAACAGGUCGACUUGGUGAGAGAGGGCAUGGCAUCAUCCAAGGGGAAUGUUUGAGCAUCUGCUCUGUGCCUGGCCCUGUGUUGGGCACUGGAGAUGGAGACCCAGUGACCAAGAGAGACCCAGUCCCUGCCCUCCUGGAGCUCAGACAGAAAGAUGGCUGUGUCAGGGCUAUUACCAUUGGAAGCACAGGGGACUGGGAGCUCAGAGGAACUGUCUGACCCUGCUUGGAGGUUCAGGUACAUGUGUUAAUCAGUCUUUUGGUAGCAAGUGACAGGCACUCAGCUUAACUGAAUUAGGUAUAAAAAGCAGGCAUUUAUUGGCUCAUAUAUCUGGACAGAGACCAUUGAGGGUAAAGCUGCAAGGAAUUGGCCUUGAGACUGGAACUCAGACUUAACUCCACCAAGAUACUCUUCUCACUUGUCUCCUUUCUCUUCUCUGCCUGUCUCAGCUCAGAUUCAUCCCCUUCAACUGCAUGUGGUGAGGAAAAUGGCCAUGUGUUUACAGACACAGACUCAAUCUUUCUAGCAUCAUAGGCUAGAAGUAUAAUGGCAAAAAUAAAAAAAAAUAUCCCAGGGAAGGGCUCUGAUUGGUCCUGCACUGAUGGUGGCAUCCAUGGGAAUGGAAUGCUUUGAUUGGCCAGGUGAGGGGUCAUAUUUCUGGGUACUGUGGCUUGGGUUGGAGGAGGUACA